UCAUUUAGAAAAAUGGUUGCUGCUCGGUACCAACAUCAACCAUCCUCCGUUUAACUAAUUUAGAUAGCAUUAAAUCGAAAGCCCUGUGUUCGCCCAGACAUUGGGCUGGAUUGUGUAUAAAUCCCACACACAAUAUUGCAACAUUUUCACAGUUCAGGCCAUUUAACAUUUGGUUGACAACACGCGCCAGAACAUGGCUGAGCAGAACAACAAGGACAAGGACAACGAGUGCAGCACACAGUGCGCCGUCUUUGAUCAGACACCCGGCUCCCAGCAGAAGAAAAUCAAUCUCGUUGUGCGUGCCCAUUUUACGGUGAAGCAAGUCAUCAACCUGAUUGGCACACAGUUUGCCUAUGGCAAAUUUGAGCUGCUGCUACAGCCGCACGGCGACAAGGAUCUGGUCCAUUUGAACACACUGGAUGCGCAGCUGCUGUUCGAUGUGCCUGGUUUUGAACGUAAGUUGAAGAACAAUCUGGUGCUGCUGCCCGAUGGCACCUGGGACGGCAAUGUGGCUAAACGCUACGAACUGGUCAUGAAAAAGUCAGCUUCAACGGCCAGCAAGCGGUUAGAGGCAGCAGAUGGCACAACAACAACAGCAUCGACGACAACAAUAAAAACCGGCGAGAAAAAAAAGCGCACAACGACAACAGGCGAGAAAAAGAAAAAAUCGCCGAGCAAAACCAAAACAAGCGUCAGUCCUACAACGGAAAAAACAACAGUAACCACAACAGAAACCACAACAGAAACCGCAACAGCAACCACAACAGCAACCACAACAGCAACCACAACAGCAACCACAACAGCUGAGCCAAUAGCACCGAGCGCAACUUCGACGCCCACAACGCCCACCAAGAUCAGCACUAAAGUAAAAACCAAGCCCAGCGUAAGCAACGAUAAGGUUGUCAAGAAGGACACAGAACAAGUGGUCGAGGAAGUGGAGCUGUCAAGCUCACCAAUCGGCGUAUCCAUGGAUGAGCAAACCAAAGUUGAAAUAAAAGAGCAGCUGCAACAGCAGUUGCCCCAAAAUAGGAUCCUCAUAUCACCUGUGGAUGAUGCUGCACCCGAGCUGUUCAACAUUAGUCCCGUCUCCGAUGCUGAACAACUGUCGGACGAUGAUUUGGCUUUGGGCGCCUCGGCAAGUCCCACGCUAAUGGAUCCACUUGUGCAGUACGACUUUGUCAGCGCCGGUCCAACCGUAGGCGAACUGUUGGCUGCAACUGAAUCUGGCACCGAUGCGCUUGCUGCUGGCGCAGACAGCAGUGCUGAGGCAGAAGGUGACAAUAGAAAAGAGCUGGAGUAUAGCAAAUUCUUUGGCCGCAAGUACGAUGAGGUGCCCGCUUGGCAGCUCUCCAACAGUGCCGCCGCAGAAUUUGUGGCCUCAGCCAACACAGAAACGGAGACGCAUCGCAAUGGCGGCGGUCCACGCAGCUAUGUGGGACUGGUCAAUCAGGCGAUGACCUGCUACCUAAACAGUCUGCUGCAGGCACUCUACAUGACACCGGAGUUUCGCAAUGCCUUGUAUCGCUGGGAGUUUGACAAUGACAACGAGGCUAAGAACAUACCAUAUCAACUGCAAAAGCUGUUCCUCAAUCUGCAGACAUCGCCCAAAUCAUCGGUGGAGACGACGGACUUGACGCGCAGCUUUGGCUGGGACUCGUCCGAGGCCUGGCAACAGCACGACAUCCAGGAGCUGUGCCGCGUCAUGUUCGAUGCGCUGGAGCACAAGUUCAAGAACACCAAACAGGCUAAUCUCAUUUCAAAUCUGUAUGAGGGCAAAAUGAACGAUUAUGUCAAAUGCUUGGAGUGCAAUACGGAGAAGACGCGCGAGGAUACUUUCCUCGAUAUACCGUUGCCGGUGCGUCCGUUUGGCAGCAGUUCCGCCUACGGCAGCAUCGAGGAAGCACUGCGUGCCUUCGUUCAACCCGAGACGCUCGACGGCAACAAUCAGUAUCUGUGCGAGAAGUGUAAAAAGAAGUGCGACGCUCACAAGGGACUGCACUUCAAGUCCUUCCCGUACAUACUGACGCUGCAUCUGAAGCGCUUCGACUUUGACUAUCAGACCAUGCAUCGCAUCAAGCUGAAUGACAGAGUGACCUUUCCGCAGAAGCUGAACCUGAACAGCUUUGUUAAUCGCUGCGGUCAGGGUGAGCAAUAUCAAAUGAACGGCAGCAGCAAUGUGGACGAUUGCAGCACAGCGGACAGUGGCUCGGCCAUGGAGGAGGAUAAUUUAAGCAGUGGUGUGGUGACCACGGCCAGCUCCAGUCAGCACGAGAAUGACAUAAACGAUGAGGACGAGGGGAUUGACAUGAGCAGCAGCACCGGCAAGAGCGCUAACAUGGAGGCGCGACUCAAACUGGAGUCGCUAGCGGGUCCGUAUAACUAUGAGCUCUUUGCAAUCAUGAUACACUCGGGCAGCGCAUCGGGCGGUCAUUACUAUGCGUAUAUCAAGGACUUCGAGAGCCAGGAUUGGUUUUGCUUCAACGAUCAAAAUGUGUCUUCGAUCACACAGGAGGACAUCCAGCGCUCCUUUGGCGGACCGAAUGGAAGUUACUAUUCGAGUGCGUAUACGUCCAGCACGAAUGCUUAUAUGCUGAUGUAUCGCCAGGUGGACGCCAAGCGCAACGAGCCUGUGGCCAAGUGUGGUGACUUUCCGGAGCACAUCAAGUCGCUGCUGCCCAAGCUGCACGCGGAGGAGGAGACGCGCGUGACACGCCUGGGCAGACACAUCACCGUAACAGAUCUGGCACUGCCGGAUCUGUACAAGCCACGCGUCUACUUCUAUAAUCCGUCGCUCAAGAAGCUGAAGAUGACGCGUGUGUAUGUGUCGCAGAGUUUUGAUGUGAAGCUGGUGUUGAUUUCGGCACACGAGAUGCUUAAUGUGGAUCAGUUUGCGCCGUUGUCGCGCUGUCGCCUGGUUGCAUACGAUUCAUCAAUGGAUACAAUUCUGCAGUCACUGGAGAAUAGCACGGAUCCGGCGCUGACGGAACUGCGUGCCGCGCAUAACUACAAUCUGGACUUUUUGCUGGAGUAUCGGGCCGAGGAUCAGCAGUUUGAGAACUAUGCCGGCGAUGGCACUACGUGGUAUGUGUUUAAAGUAGAUCUCUCGACCAUGGCGAUGGACGGUCCCUUCCUGGUUUACUCAGCAGCGCGAGACGAUGCGCUGCGUCACUCGAUCGCAACACGCCUACACAUUAACGAGCAGCAGUUCCUACUGGCGACCGUGCGGGGCAAAGCGUUUGUCGCCUAUGAUCCGCAACCGACACCGGAGGCGCAACAGCAUCUGCAGCAACUGGCCAACUCACAAUUCAAAUAUAUCACAUACUUUUACUUAAACGUGCCUAACACCGACGCCACCAGCCUCGAAAUGAUGGGCGUGCCCAGCACCGAGUCCAUUGCAGCUCCCAUCGAGACAGUCAAUGGCAGCGCUGCCGGUGCUGAUGUUGUCGAUGCGGCCAUGAUGAACGGCAUUAAUGGCGCAAGCGGCAAGGCAACGCCAGAGGGUGGCAGCGCCGGCAACAACGACUGUGAUUGGCGUCGCUAUAAGCGCGAUCAGCCCGAUUCUCUGGCGCCGCUUGCAACGCCCGGCCACGAGUCCAACUCGGAGGACAGCAGCCUGAGUGACGGCGAUCGUACGCUGGUUGAGAAUAGUCUGCAGCAUCGCGGCGGCGGCGAUAGUCAAGUGAGCUCCACCAGCCACUCGCCACAGCUGUCCAGUCCCGAGGACGAGGCAGCCUCCCAAGACGCCAUGAUGCGCGUUCAUGCCUACUGCAAUGGCAAUGGCAGUUAUGACAGCGAAGCUGGCGACAACAGCUCCCUGCCCCAUAGCACAACCACACACUUUUUCCAUGCCAUCAAAAUCGACAGCGUGGAUGUGGCCACCACCAGCAGCACGAGUGGCCACCAAUCCGAUGACGAGGCGCAGCUGCGUAAGCCGACGCACGCCUAUAAGCUACUCGCUGGCACCCACAUGCGCAUGGGCACCUUCAAGCGGCACAUCGAGCAACUGAUCCGAGUGCCUGGCGCCUACUUUAAGCUGCAGCGCAAACAUGAGAACACCAUAUCGAACAGUCAGACCAAUUCGCUAGUCUUUCUCAAUGAGGGUGAGACGCUGACCGUGGAGCUGGGCAAGACACUGCUGCCGGAUGAGUACAAGACCAAGAUAUACUUUUUGCGCCUGGCGGAUGUGGACAAUGAGACCGCCAAGCUGCCCUGCGCCUGUGAGUGGGUGUACAGUGCCACCACCACUGUGGAGCAGGCCAAACAGGAUCUGGUCGCGAAGCUGCAUCGCAUCGAUGCCAAGUACACGUCCCUUACCGUCGACAACAGUCGCAUCUGGCUGAAGGGCGGUCGUUGUCCCAUCAAAAUACUCGCCAACGAGGAUUUGCUCUACUGCGACAUGCGCUCCACAAUUGCCGCUGAGUUUAUUUUGCAAGAGUGCGAGGAAGGCGUGGAUCCACAGCCCAAGGAUGACUCGUUAACCAUAUUCGUUCGUCGCUGGUAUCCAGACAAAUGGGAAUUUGGAAAAUUCCAAGAAAUCACAAUGGACAAGGACAGCGAAAUCAGAAGUUGUUUGUCAACCAUAUGCAAUAUCACCAUUGACCGCAUAAGUUAUAUGAAGGUAAACAGCUGCUUUCCCUGCACAAGCAUAUCGGCAGUUAGCGUUAAUGAGGCCGUCAACUGGUUCUCUGUGCCGGCGGCACUGGACAUGUAUCCGUUGAACACAACACAAAGCGGCAACAUGUAUUUGUACAAAGAUAAAAGCGUGCCGGUGCGAGAGUUGACGACGGAGGAGCGCCGCUCGUUGACAAACAAAGAGAAGGCGCGUCUGGAUCGAUUGGGUUGCAUUUCAACGACGCGCUACUCGCAGCGUCGCGAACGAGCUCUGAAAAUCUACUUGGACACGCCGGAGAAGCCAAGCAAUGUGACCGCAUCGGCGCCCAUGGACGCACAUGCCGAUAACUAAAGUCCUUAAAGCGGCGCUCAUAUAAUCAUCGUUGUCGUUCUACCCCGUUCCGUAGCCAACUGCAGGCUUGCUUUGCUUGCUUCCAUAACCGGAUCCACAAAUACAUGCACAACAUGUAUUUCAUCAACUAAUCAAACACGAUUGAUUCAGUCCAACUACGAGUCUGUUGAUGACGCCGCAGCCCGUCAUUCUGCUUGCACAUUUCAAUUUCAAUCGCGAAUCGGGCGCGUGCGUUUCCCGUUCUGAUAAUUUGCAUACGUUCAGUUCGUAGCAAUUUAAUAUGUAAUUUAUUUUGUUGUUUAAUUUUGUUGGCACUAUAUUCGUUUGGCGUGUCGAGAUGGAAGGCUGGCGACUGGGCGACUGGAUGGGCAAAGUGGCAAAAUGAGGGUGUUGCAGGGAUGGGUGUCCUAAUAACAGUAACGAUAACAAAUAUUAUUCUUGCUACUUUUGUAAUACAAAAGAGUUCAGAGAUGAGACUGUGUACAAUUUUAAUUACAUGCAAGAAAUUUAUAUAAACAAAAAAUUGUGAACAUAACUUAAAUACAUAAAUCAUAAAAAAAUAAAAGAAAAAUUAUUUGUAUUGGAAAUAAUCAUUGUAGUUAUGUUCUUUUCUUCUUCCGUCAAUCAAUUGAAUUGAAUUAUUUUUAAUGUUAUUUAUAUCAGUUCUAAUUCAUAAUGAUUUCAAAACAGUUUCCAAAAAAAAAAAAGAAAAAAAACUCAGUUCAGAUUUAUUAGUUUUUUUCUUUUUGUAUAAAAUGUUAAUUUUAUUUAAUACCUACUGUAUGUGAAUAUUAACGUUUUUGUAUUUCAAAGAUCAUGAUCAUGCUUACUGUAAAAA